AUGAAUUCGUCGAGAUCCCAAAAAGAAAACAUUGACAGAUUCAUUCCAAACCGAUCCGCCAUGGAUUUCGGUUACGCUAAUUCCAUGCUCACAGAACCCUACCGGAAAAAGGUUAACUCAUCGGCACCGAUCACGACGUCCACCGAUGCCUACCGGAGAGCACUCGCCGAUGCUGCUAAUCUCCCAACUAGAAUCUUAGCCUUCCGCAACAAACCAUCAAACCCUAGAAAUGUUGGUGUUCCUCUUUCUCCCCCUUCCAAACCCCCAAAACCUAAACGACACAUUCCUAAGCAUUCCGAGAGGAGUUUGAAAGUACCUCAAUUGAGAGAUGAUUUCAGAUUGGAUUUAUUAGAUUGGAGUAAAAAGAAUGUAGUUAGUGUUGCAAUGGACACUAGGGUUUUACUUUUGAAUCCUUCAAAGAAAUCCGAUGAAAAAAUUGUGGGUGAUGAUUAUGAAGAAGGUGUUUUUACAAGUGUUUGCUGGAGCCCAGAUGGACGUUAUAUAACCAUUGGUUUGGAUAAUUCCACUGUCCAGAUUUGGGAUGCAUUUUUACCUAGAAAGGUAAGGGUAUUGAGGGAUGGACACAGCGGAAUUGAGGGUUCGUUGGCUUGGAACGGUCCUAUUCUAACUACAGGAGGAACAGACGGGAGAAUAGUAAAUCAUGAUGUUAGAGUGAAAUCUCACAUAGUUGGAAGUGUCAGGGGACACAAACAAGGGGUUUGUGGGCUCAAGUGGUCACCUCCAGGUACUCAGUUGGCGAGCGGAGGAAAUGAUAAUGUUGUUCGCAUAUGGGAUAUUUCAGUUGAUUCUUCAGAUUCACGAUCUACCGGUUGGCUUCACAGAUUUGAGGAACACAUGGCUUCUGUCAGGGCACUGGCUUGGUGUGAAGGCGAUCAUUGCAUUAAGCUGUGGAACACACGCAUAGGCGCAUGCUUGAAUUCUAUUGACACAGGAUCACAGGUGUGUGCAUUGGCUUGGAACAAGAACGAGCGUGAACUUCUUAGCUCCCAUGGUUUCCCUCAUAACCAGCUUACCCUGUGGAAAUAUCCUUCCAUGUUGAAGAGAUCCGAGCUCAAGGAUCACACCUCGAGGGUGUUGUACAUGGCACAGAGUCCAGAUGGGGGUACUGUUGCAACUGCAUCCGGAGACAAGAGUCUGAGGUUUUGGAAUGUCUUUGAAACCCAAACAGCAGCAGCAAUAAAAUAUGAGCCCCCUUUUGCUAAUUUCAAUAGUAUACGUUGA